GAAAACAAAAAAGAAUACAAUUAAGAGUUCUAGUGUACUAAGAGUUCUAAAAAGUGCGCACUCGACUACCCACUCACAACUAUGUCAAAUUAAUUAAUUAAUUAUUAGUAUAAUUAAGACAACCAUGCCAACAACUUUGAAGAUUUAUCAUGAGAAGCAAACAAGGCAGUUAUGUGCGCUCCACGCUCUUAACAAUCUAUUUCAAGAAAAUAUUUACCAAAAGGCAGAACUGGAUAAUAUCUGCAGUAACUUAAGUCCAAACGCGUGGAUAAAUCCUCAUCGAUCUCUUCUGGGACUCGGAAAUUAUGAUAUCAAUGUUAUUAUGACUGCCUUAGAGAUAAGACAUUGCGAAGCCUUUUGGUUUGAUAAACGAAAAGACCCGUCUUGCAUUGACUUGGAUAAAAUUGUGGGGUUCAUACUUAAUAUUCCAUUAGAUUACAAAAUCGGCGCAAUAACAUUACCAAUACGAAAGAGACACUGGAUAGCUGUACGUCGCAUAGGUCAGCACUACUAUAAUCUGGAUUCCAAACUUCGACAGCCUGAAUUGUUGGGCACAGAAUCCGACGUGCUCCACUUUUUGCGGGAACAGCUUAAGGAAAAGGAACAGCAGCGAGAACUUUUUCUUGUACGUUAUCGCAGCGACUGUAAUGAAUCACCACAGCGAUGGAUAGAAGAAUCGCACGACAUAAAUAAAACAGCAGAUUGAACAUGA